AUGACUUUAUUAUAUCAAAUGGUACAUUUCACUUUAUUUGCCUCAGUUGCUGGUGAGUGUGUGACCACGCUGUUCCAAGAUGCCUACUUUAAAGGAGGAGACAUCACUGUGGUUUUCACGCCGAAUGCCAAGCACUGCCAGAUCGUCUGCACCCACCAUCCAAGGUGUUUGCUCUUCACUUUCAUGACUGAAUCAUCAUCAGAAGAUCCUACCAAGUGGUAUACUUGCAUCCUGAAAGACAGUGUUACAGAAACACUGCCAAUGGUGAAUAUGACAGGAGCAAUUUCUGGAUAUUCUUUCAAGCAAUGCUUGCACCAAAUAAGUGCUUGCAACAAAGAUGUGUAUGUGGACCUAAACAUGAAGGGAAUGAACUAUAAUAGCUCUAUUACCCAGAGUGCUCAGGAAUGCCAAGAGAGGUGUACAGAUGACACGCAUUGUCAUUUUUUUACAUUCGCCACAAAACACUUUCCAAGCAUAAAGGAUCGUAACAUUUGUCUGUUGAAGAACACCCAAACAGGGACACCAAACAGCAUAACGAAGCUCCGUGAAGUGGUAUCUGGAUUUUCUUUGAAGUCCUGCGGCCUUUCUAAUCUGGCCUGUAUUAGGGACAUUUUCCCUAGAACGGCGUUUGUGGACAUUACCACUGACACGGUCAUGGCCCCAGACCCCUUUGUCUGCCGCAGCAUUUGUACUCACCAUCCCAGCUGUCUGUUUUUCACCUUCUUGUCUGAAGAAUGGCCAACAGCAUCUGAAAGAAAUCUGUGUCUCCUUAAAACAUCUUCAAGUGGAUUGCCAAGUGCACGCUUUAGAAAGAACAAAGCUUUUUCUGGUUUUAGUCUACAAAACUGCCGGCACAGUGUCCCAGUGUUCUGCCAUUCCUCAGUCUAUCACAAUGCUGAUUUCUUGGGAGAAGAACUGGACAUUGUACACGUGGACGGGCAUAAAGCCUGCCAGAAAACAUGUACCAACAGCAUCCGCUGCCAAUUCUUUACCUAUUCUCCAUCUCAAGAAUCAUGCAACGGAGGGAAGGGUAAAUGCUACUUAAAACUUUCUGCAAAUGGAUCUCCAACGAAAAUACUUCAUGGGACAGGAAGCAUCUCUGGAUACACGUUAAGGUUAUGUAAAAUGGAUAAUGUGUGUACAACCAAGAUCAAGACCAGAAUUGUUGGAGGAACCCAGUCUGUUCAUGGAGAGUGGCCAUGGCAGAUAACUCUGCACGUGAUAUCACCCACCCAGAGACACCUAUGCGGAGGCGCCAUCAUCGGAAACCAGUGGAUAUUAACAGCUGCUCACUGUUUCGACGAGGUCGAGUCACCUAACGUAUUGCGUGUCUAUAACGGCAUUUUAAAUCAAUCAGAAAUAAAAGAGGAUACAUCUUUCUUUGGGGUUCAAGAAAUAAUAAUUCAUGAUCAAUAUAAAAAGGCAGAAAGUGGAUAUGAUAUUGCCUUGUUGAAACUAGAAACCGCAAUGAAUUACACAGAUUCUCAACGGCCCAUAUGCCUACCUUCCAAAGGAGAUAGAAAUGUGAUGUAUACUGAAUGCUGGGUGACUGGAUGGGGAUACAGAAAAUUAAGAGACAAAAUACAAAAUACUCUCCAGAAAGCCAAGGUACCCUUGAUGACAAAUGAAGAAUGCCAGGCAGGAUACAGAGGGCACAGAAUAACCAAUAAGAUGGUCUGUGCAGGCUACAGAGAAGGAGGGAAGGACGCCUGUAAGGGGGACUCGGGGGGGCCCCUGUCCUGUAAACACAACGAGGUGUGGCACCUGGUGGGCAUCACGAGUUGGGGUGAAGGCUGCGGCCAAAGGGAGCGGCCAGGUGUUUACACCAACGUGGUCGAGUACGUGGACUGGAUCCUGGAGAAAACGCAAGGCCCUUGA